AUGGCUUCGUCCAACACCGAGGAAGAGCGUCUCAAGGCCGAGAUCGCCAAGCUCUCCGGUGCCAUCCAGUCGCACAAGCAACAUAAUCAGUACCACCAGCCGUAUGCGUCCCGAGGUAGAGGCUACUAUGCUGCUGGGCCGUCCUAUCGAGGCAGCUACGGCUCGCCUCGCGGCGGCUCGAUACCCGGACGCGGCAGAGGGCGUGGCGCAGCGGUCAUUCCGCCUCGCAACCGCACCCUGAUUCUCAAUGAAUCCGCCUCCAAGCCCAGCACAUCUGGGAAUCCAACUUCUGCGCCGACGAAAGUGCCUCCAGCAGCAGCGCCGACAGAUUCAGGUGCAUCCUCGUCUACAGACGCAUGGAUCAAGCGCAAGUCGACGCACAACAUGAGUCUCGUCAGUGCGUCAACGUUUCAGCGCACCGAGCCUGCGCGGCUGGCUGCGCUCGAGGCCACGCGCAAAGCCAAAGCCGAAGCGCGGUCCGCAGCGUCCCAAUCCAAACUCGCCCGGCCCAAGCCCGCCAAAGCGUCGGCAUCCGUGCGUCGCGGCGACAACAUGGGCGAAGUGGUCAUCGACGGCGUCGUGUUUGAAUUCGACCCGUCCGGCACCAAGCUCGUCAAGAAAGCCGUGCAGCCCUCCGCAUCUGCCGACGAAUCCGCAUCAGCGAGCGCCGCGGCUGGCUCGUCUGCACCUUCCACCAGUGCGGUGCCGCUCAAGACGAGCAUCAAUGGACAGGAGUACAUCCGCACGAAGCGCGGCAAUCUCAUCUCUGCCGAGCUGCUCGCCAAGCGUCGGGCACAAGCCAAGAUGGGUCGUCUCGACAAGAUGGUCGGGCAGAUCUCGGCCAUGCAAGCCACGCGCAACGCUGGUCGCCCGAAACGCAGCGGCCCGAUCGAUGUGCAGAAAUCUCGUACGCUGUGCACGUUCUUCAACAAGACCGGGCAGUGUAAGCGCGGACUGUCGUGUCCGUAUCGCCACGAUUCGAGCAAGAUCGCACUGUGUCCCAAAGUGCUGCGAGCAGCGGGAUGUACGUUGCCCAAGGGGACCUGUCCGCUUUCGCACACGCCGCGUGCAGAGCGCGUACCGCACUGCGUCCACUAUCUCCGCUCGCGACACUGCCGCAACGGCACCGCGUGUCUGUACACUCAUGCGGAGCUUGUGGACGGUCUGGCCACCAAGAUCUGUCGAGACUUUAGCGAGUACGGCUGGUGCGAACGAGGUGCAUCGUGCGAGCAGCGACAUACAUACGAAUGCCCCGACUUUGUCGAGAACGGUAGCUGCCAAAGAAAAGGCUGUAAGCUGCUGCACAUCCUGCGAGCCAACGACACAGCCGACAAGGAUGCAGAGGAGGUCAAGGACGACGACCUUUUUGUGCGCGACGAUGCGGCGGCAGAGGAGGAAAGGCCUGGGAAGAGGAAACGCCCGCUCAUGCAGACUGAACUCGACGAGGAAAUGAUUCCGGACUUCCUGGCAGCGGAAGAGGAGGAGGAGGAACAGGUGGACUGGACACAGAGCAAGCGCAGUCGAAGCACAAAGGCGUUCACGAACCAGCACGAUUUUAUCUCGUUUGCCGACGAUGCAGAAUCGCAGCGCGACGACGAGAGUGGCGACGAGGAAGAGGAUGAUGCCGCAAGUGUGCAUAGCGACGAGUUUGAGCUCAGCGACGGCGAUGACGAGGACGAGGUGGCCAGAGAGAGUGACGAUGACGACGACGAGGAGGUGGAGGAGGAGGGGGAGAGCCAGCAGGACGAGGACCAAGACCCAUAUCAGGAGGACGUGGACGAUGGCGAUGCCGGCGACGACGAUGACGACGACGCAGUGGACCGCGAUCUCUGA